GGCAGUGGGAUGGUUUUUGUCCGCAUGUAUAUAAAGGAGUCGAACCGCCGUGGGAAUUUGAGGAGACGGCAGUUGCUCGCUCGCUCGCCUGACAUCGCCAGGAUGGAAGCUCGGAGUGGUGAAAGUGGACAUAUAAUUGAAGUUUGUGGGGAAGUGCCAGCAGAAACAGGCGCAGGCAGGAUGAAAAUUUGUGGUGAGGCACCCUGUGGAUUUAAAGAUUCUAGUGCCAGUUCUCAAGAUGAAAAGGAGCGGUCAGCAUCUAUGAGGAAACUUUUGGUGGCAGUUGUCCUCUGCAUAGUAUUCAUGGCCGUAGAGGUUGUUGGAGGCAUCAAAGCGAACAGUCUAGCAAUUCUAACAGAUGCAGCUCAUCUAUUGUCAGACGUUGCUGCAUUUGCUAUAUCCUUAUUCUCUCUGUGGGCUUUGGGAUGGGAGGCAACACCUUGUCAAUCCUAUGGUUUCUUCAGGAUUGAGAUUCUUGGUGCUCUUGUGUCUAUUCAAAUGAUAUGGCUUCUUGCUGGGAUUCUCGUAUAUGAAGCCAUCGAAAGGCUGAUCCAUGAUACAGGUGAAGUUCAGGGUUUUCUAAUGUUUCUUGUUUCUGCCUUUGGUUUAUUGGUUAAUAUUGCCAUGGCACUCUUGCUGGGUCACGGCCACGGUCACAACCACGGUCAUGGUCACAGUCAUGGUCACGGUCAAGAACAUGGUCACGGUCACGGUCACGGUCACGGUCACGGCCACGGUCACGGCCAUGGUCACGAACAUGGUCACGGUCACGGUCAAGGCCGUGAUCACGAUCACCGGCAUAGUGGAGAUGGUCAUGACCAUAAUGACGAGGAUCAUGCUGGACAUAACCCAAAACUCCAAGUCACAGCUGAUGCACACGGUCACGGUCAAGGCCAUAAUCACGAUCACCAGCAUAGUGGAGAUGGUCAUGACCAUGGAAGCCAUGACCAUAAUGAUGAGGAUCAUGCUGGACAUAACCCAAAACCCCAAGUCACAGCUGAUGCACAUCACCACCAUCAUGAUAAAGAAUUUCUGGAACAUCAUCAUGAGCAUGAUCAUCAUCAUGGCCAUGAAACAGAUCUUACAGAGCCAUUGGUCAAGUCUUGCUGUGAUAUCAAUAACAAGAAAGAGAGUGGGCUGAAACAGAAGAAGAUAUGGAAUAUCAAUGUACAGGGUGCUUAUCUUCAUGUGCUAGGAGAUUCGAUUCAGAGUGUUGGUGUGAUGAUUGGUGGAGCGAUCAUAUGGUAUAAGCCUGAGUGGAAGAUCAUUGAUUUGAUAUGUACCCUUAUAUUCUCAGUGAUUGUGCUCACUACAAUAAGAAUGCUUCGGAAUAUUUUGGAGGUUCUCAUGGAGAGCACACCGAGGGAGAUUGAUGCCACGAGGCUGGCACAGGGUCUGUGCGAGAUGGAUGAUGUGACUGCAGUGCAUGAGUUGCACAUCUGGGCAAUAACAGUCGGGAAAGUCUUGCUGGCUUGCCAUGUUAAAAUAAAGCGUGAAGCCAAUGCGGACAUGGUGCUGAACAAGGUUGUUGACUUCAUCAGAAGAGAAUAUAACAUCAGUCAUGUCACUAUUCAGAUAGAGCGUGAGUAGAUGUUGAGCUAGUGAGAUGACCCAUCUGUAGUUAGGCAUCGAUGCACUGAAUAUAUGUGGAGAUGUUUGAAGGAUCUGGUGAUUCAACUUUUCUCGAUCACAAAGAUGAUGAGCACCUACACUAUGUUUCCUUGAGAAGCCAGCUGGAUCAACACUGAGGUUAAAUUUCAUCUCUUAAUUGUCCAGUGGACAUGAAACCUUUCACCAUG